AUGGGUCCAUGUUGCGUGCGGCACGAGGGACGUGUAGGUCUGCUGUUGCACUGCGGGACGAGCCGGAGCCCUCUGACGUCAAGCAGGAGUCCUGAGGACGCGGAGGGGGGGGCAGGUAGAGGGCGCGGACGUCGCUCGACGUACAUGUCGGCCAUGGUGGACGGCAACCGACGCGCCAACGACAAGAAGAACAAGGGCGACAGCGCGGCGCCGGCCAGCGCGCUGCGCAAGCAGAGCUACUCGCUCUUCUUGAAGCAGCGCGCCGUGCUCUUCUCCGCCAAGAAGUGGAAAUAG